GUUUUUUGUUAUUUUUUUGGCACAACAACAAAAUUAUUGUUUAUUCCUAAUUGUUUGUUAGUAGAGGACUAUAAUUUCCAUAUAUUUCCAAACAAACGCGUUGUUUUCUAGUCCCGCAUGACGUGGAAUUCGAAAUAAAGACUCGAAAAAAGCUAGAAUCUCUAAAAACCAAUAAAUAAAUUCCAGUUGUUGUUGUAGGCUAAUUUGGUUGGCCUUUCGUUUUUGCAAAAAUUUUGUUGUGGUGUGUGAGGGCUUGUUCUUUGUAUAUGUGAGAGAGUGAGAAAAGGAGGCUAUUAUCCAUGAGCAAGGAAAAUAUAUGCAAUUCCCGGAUUCUUCAUUUUCUGAGGGAGCUGAUCUGAAUUAAAGCACCGUACCGAAUAAAAAUAAAAUAGCAAUCAAAGCGAUAACGAAAAAGAUGUCAUUCAGCUCAACAGGAGGAACAUCAGGUCGUAGCAAUUACAAAGAUAUAUAUGUUUUGCUGGAUCGUUUGUGCAAAAGCUUCGAGGGCGCCAAAGGAGGAAAUCACAAGGAUAUAUUACGCCAUGUAACCCAAUACAUAUCAAAUUGCCCAUCAGCUCUGGGGUCCACAUUGCCUUAUGAUGAGUCCUCUUUACUAUCCAAAAUUACUCAACAUCUAAAUGCAGCUCAGGCCUCUGGUAUAUCUCAUACACAAACGGUCUCCAAAGGCUUAUUGGGAAAUACUAGUGGAACACAAAGUAAUGCCGCAUUAUUUUUAAACCUCAACGAACAAUUGAAAUCAAGUCAAUUGGAAGCACGUCAGCGCAAUGCACUUUUGACGUUUCUUUUCUUUAUGGCUGAUACCAAAUAUUCUCAGGAAAACGGCUGUCAGAGUAAUGUGUCAGCAAGCUCAACGCUAUCUCGAGCUCAUUAUAGUAAUCCCAAUGCAUCAUUACCACCGAACAACACAAUGCACGCCUUGCGAGGUCAUAUGCUGCAGAAGGCUCAACCGCUGCCACUCUCACCACAAACAUCCGUUGGAGGAGCUUCAAACCUUUACAAUUCCAAGGAAAUCAAUCACAAAAUCCCCAUGUUACGCCAAUCCAGUUAUCAGGCGGGAAGCCAAAGCGGUUCCGAAAAUGAUACAACGUCUUCAGCAAGUAUGAUACCUGCAGCAGCAAGUACCCAAUAUGCAAUAAAAAGUGGACUGGGCCACGAUUUCAAUAAAAUAUUAUGCACUCAAAAUAACAUUAACGAUAACAUGGUUCAAAAUGUCAUCUACGCAUUCACCGGCAUCCAAGGAAAAUAUUUGAAAAAGGAUGUGGUUUCGGGUAAAUUUAAAUUAGACGUCAAAGCAAAAAAUCUGAAUGUGGUCCAAGCUGGCAUGUUAUUGCGCCUAUCGGAAUUGGGAUACUAUCAUGACCUGGUGCAAUCAUACACUGAUAUGAAGAGCGGAUUGUGUGCUUUGGGUCUGAUGGGGCAAGGAUUUAUAUCGGCUUUACGGAAUGAACUUACUAAGUAUUAUGGCAUGGUUGCUCUGUUGCAAGAGCAGUUAAACAAACAAAAGCAAGUGGAAAAAACGAAUGUGUUCAAUAGCACAACAAUUCGUCCCGAACGUUUGACGCUAAUGAAAAUUUUAGUUUGGUCCGUUGAUCCACUGCAAAGAUUGCAACUAUUAGCCUCAAUAGCUGAAGCCUGCCAAGAGAAAAAAGGAGGUGCAUUGGCUUCGACCGUUCACGGAUUUUUAAACAACGGUAAUCCCAUGGUUAAGAGUUUGGCCAAAGAGCUUUUGUUAGCCAUUUGUGGACCCCUGUACCAGAUGCUUACCAAGUGGUUACUCGAAGGUGAAAUUUGUGAUCCUCAUGGUGAAUUUUUUAUUGAAUGUUUGGUAGAAGUUGGUCCGGAUCGUUUAUGGCAUGACAAAUAUCGUGUACGUUCAUCAAUGCUGCCAAAUUUCGUUUCUUCAGAUAUGGCACAUAAAAUUUUAGUAACUGGUAAAAGUAUAAACUUCCUCUGUGAAAUAUGCCAAGACAAACACCCUGUAAAGGGAAGAGAUGAAUUAAAGCAAUGCAUUGAAGAAAACGCUGAGCACAUAUUUUCUUCGGUGGCCGAUACAAAGCUUCACUCAACAAUCGAUUCUAUUUAUUUGAAUACUUCCAAACGUGUUCUAGACAUCGUUAUGGGACCCCAUAAACUACUUGAGCACUUACAAGCCAUGCGUCGUUAUUUGCUGCUGGGACAAGGCGAUUUUAUCGGUAUUUUAAUGGAAAACUUAAAAUCUGAACUUGAUAAACCCGCCAAAGAAUUAUAUAGCUAUGAUUUGUCUUCCAUCAUGGAUGCGGCCAUACGUUCUACCAAUGCCCAAUAUGAUGAUCCUGAAAUUCUUAAUCAUUUGGAUGUUCGAAUAAUGUCUCCAUGCGAAGGAGAUAUCGGCUGGGAUAUUUUGUCGUUGCAAUACACUGUUAGAGGUCCUCUCGCUACCAUGCUUGAGCCAUCCAUGUGCAUUUAUCAGGUAUUGUUCAAACCGCUAUGGCGUAUGAAACAUAUGGAAUUUGUAUUGUCGUCAAAGAUUUGGAAAGAUCAAAAAUGUAACUCAAAGCCUUUGCGUCCUAUGGCUGCGGAGUUGGAUAGAGUAUUGUAUCGGCUGCAUCUCUUUACUUCCGAGAUGAUACAUUUCAUACAUCAAAUGCAAUACUACAUACUUUUCGAAGUGAUCGAAUGCUCCUGGGCUGAAUUGCAGGAAAAAGUUCAACACGCCAAGGCAUUGGAUGAUAUACUCAAUGCACAUGAUGAGUUUUUGACAACCAUUAAAUGUGGUGCCUUCUUAGACUCCAACUCCGGUGAACUGUGUCACAAUAUGGAAACUGUUUAUGAAGGCAUUGUGCGUCUCGAGGUGUGGCAAGAUAAGUUUUAUGAGCUAUGCUUUCGUGAAUUGAAUGCCCGCAAGGAAUACCAAAAAAAUAUUUUGGAAUCGGAAAAAACCGGUAAAUUUGGUAUAACGGCCGAAAAGAAAUUAGAAAGAGAUCAAGAGAAUAAAAUCUUUGAGCAAACCCUCAGCAGUUUGGACAAGUCUUUGGAGAAUAUAGGCGGUGACUAUGAAAAAGCUGUACGAUGCUUCUUGUUGGCACUCAAUUCGAAUAAUGAUCAUAAUUUGCAAUUAUUCGGAAUACGUUUGGACUUUAACGAAUACUACAAGAAGAGAGAUCAACGAUUGGGUGUGCCCCUAACAUUCGAACACAUGCGUAUGAGCAAUAUCUAUUUUAAUAACAACAAGAGUUUAUUGGGCAGUCGUAUAAAUUGACAACACCCGGAACUAAGUGAUGGCGAUGAUGGUGAAGCUACUAAAGAUCCGACUAGUUGCUACGAUAACACCAAGAUGAUGCCUUUCCGCAGCGAUGGCUGUAAUGGAAAACAUGUAUCAACUUGCCCAAACUGUAAAUAUUUGUUAUGCUCUAGCCAGCAGACAGAGGAACAAUUGCUUCACACUCUCUUUAAAAAAUAUCGCCAUAUAUGCUGUGCCAAUAGUUUUAAGAGUAAGCCUUAUAAGAUUACCUGCAUGCAGAGCAACAUGGAUAUUCAAUUCGAUUUAGUUGAUAAGGGUAAUGCCGCAUAUGGGCGAGAACAUGAACAUGAACAUGGUGAUGAUGAUGGUAAUAUGAAACGUCCUUUGAUUUUAAAAGAGUUUUAUGGUUGUAGCAACGAAAUGCAUACUUGUUGUCAGAUAUUGUAAGCCACUACAUUGGAAGUAUUGAGUAUACAGAAUGUGGAAGCCAAUGGCAAAUGUUUACAAAGAUUUUAAAUAAGAAUAAGCACACACUCACACAUAAUUAUCUAUAAUAUAGGCCCAAACUCAAAACAACCACAAAUAAAAUGUUCAGUUUUUUUUAUAAAAAAAUAGAUGUAGUAUUCAGUUAAACUUUGUCCUACAAACCUUUUGCUUGUUUGAAAGUCUUGUUACUUCAAAUAUCAAAUAUCUUUGCAAAUGUGUCGUUGAUCCUUUAUAGUUUUGUUGAUUUAAGUUUUCGCUACAAUUCUGAACAAAAUCUGGGAUUUUGUGUUCAGCAAUGUUGAACUCCGAGGUCAAAUACGUAUGGAAACAAAUAUUAUAAAAAAUUUACCUAGACUCUAUAAAAGAAGGACAAUCUUUAAAUAUCCCUUGUCACUUUUCUAAUGUUAUACAUACAUAUAUUUCUUUUUUCAUUGUUUAUAAUUAAUUGUCUUUUUUACUAAAUAAAAAUUACUUGUAAAAUUCAA